UGACUUUGGGAGGGGGCCGGGCUUAAGGUGGAGAAAGGGGACCCAUGGAGGCGCCGCCACACCGCUCCUGAAGCCCACAAGGGAAGGAUGCAGCACCGCCAGAGCCGCGUGGAGAGGAUGGAGAGCCCCUGGCGCCUCCCCGGAUGCGAGUGGGAGCAGCCCCAGAGCCCGCGCGGUCCCCACGAACUCUAUUUCAAGAACCUGUCUAAACAGAAACAAAAGCAAGUAAUGGAGAAAAAUGGGAACAACCGGAAACUUCGGGUUUGCGUUGCUACUUGUAACCGAGCUGAUUAUUCCAAAUUGGCACCAAUUAUGUUUGGCAUUAAGGCUGAACCACAGUUCUUUCAGCUUGACGUGGUGGUUCUUGGAUCCCACCUGAUUGAUGACUAUGGUAACACUUACCGUAUGAUUGAGCAGGAUGACUUUGACAUCCAUACCAGGUUACAUACAAUAGUGAGAGGAGAAGAUGAGGCAUCCAUGGUGGAGUCAGUUGGCCUUGCCUUGGUCAAACUGCCAGAUGUCCUCAAUCGCCUGAAACCUGACAUAAUGAUAGUCCAUGGAGACAGGUUUGAUGCUCUUGCACUGGCAACUUCUGCAGCCUUAAUGAACAUUCGAAUUCUGCACAUUGAAGGAGGAGAAGUCAGUGGGACCAUAGAUGACUCCAUUAGACAUGCCAUAACCAAGUUGGCUCAUUACCAUGUGUGUUGCACGAGGAAUGCAGAGCAGCACUUGAUAUCUAUGUGUGAAGACCAUGAUCGGAUCCUCCUGGCUGGCUGCCCUUCCUAUGACAAGUUGCUGUCUUCCAAAAAGAAAGACUACAUGAGCAUUAUCCGCAUGUGGUUAGGUGAGGAUGUAAAACCAAAGGAUUAUAUAGUAGCUUUACAACACCCAGUGACCACAGAUAUUAAACAUUCCAUAAAGAUGUUUGAAUUGACUUUGGAUGCUCUUAUAUCUUUUAAUAAGAUGACAUUGGUUUUAUUCCCAAAUAUUGAUGCAGGGAGCAAAGAAAUGGUUCGAGUAAUGAGGAAGAAAGGUGUUGAGCACCACCCGAAUUUCCGAGCAGUAAAGCAUGUUCCCUUUGACCAGUUUAUUCAGUUAGUGGCUCAUGCUGGUUGUGUGAUUGGGAACAGUAGUUGUGGUGUGCGAGAAGUUGGGGCUUUUGGUACUCCAGUCAUCAAUCUUGGAACACGGCAGAUAGGAAGAGAAACAGGUGAAAAUGUCCUUCACGUUCGUGAUGCUGACACCCAGGACAAAAUACUGCAAGCCCUACAUCUCCAGUUUGGAAAACAGUAUCCCUGUUCAAAAAUAUAUGGGGAUGGAAAUGCUGUUCCAAGAAUCUUGAAGUUCCUUAAAUCUAUUGACCUCCAAGAACCCCUUCAGAAGAAAUUCUGCUUCCCUCCUGUAAAAGAGAACAUCUCUCAAGAUAUUGACCAUAUCCUAGAAACCCAGAGCGCGCUGGCCGUGGAUCUAGGGGGAACAAACCUCCGGGUAGCAAUUGUUAGCAUGAAGGGUGAAAUUGUUAAGAAAGAUACUCAGCUGAAUCCCAAAACCUAUGAGGAAAGAAUAGAAUUGAUCCUUAAGAUGUGUAUAGAAGCUGCAUCAGAAGCAGUAAAUCUGAACUGCAGAAUUCUGGGUGUGGGCAUUUCUACAGGUGGGCGAGUAAAUCCUCGAGAAGGUGUUGUUCUCCAUUCCACAAAACUUAUUCAAGAAUGGAGUUCUGUUGACUUACGGACUCCCAUAUCAGAUGCUCUGCACUUGCCAGUGUGGGUUGACAACGACGGCAACUGUGCAGCUCUUGCAGAGAGAAAAUUUGGGCAUGGAAAAGGAGUAGAAAACUUUGUAACGCUCAUCACUGGGACAGGUAUUGGUGGUGGAAUCAUUCAUCAAAAUGAAUUGAUUCAUGGGAGCUCUUUUUGUGCUGCUGAACUUGGGCACAUUAUGGUAGCUCUCGAUGGACCAGAGUGCCUCUGUGGGAGCCAUGGAUGUUUAGAAGCCUACGCUUCUGGAAUAGCCUUGCAAAGAGAAGCUAAAAAAUUGCAUGAUGAGGAUUCAUUGUUAGUUGGAGGGAUGUCUGUAAAGAAGGAAGAAGUAGUAACUGCUGUACAUCUGAUCCAAGCAGCUAAACUGGGGAAUCCUAAAGCUGAACAUAUUAUCAGAACAGCUGGACAAGCACUGGGCCUUGGAGUGGUGAAUAUUCUGCACACCAUUAACCCCUCCCUUGUCAUACUUUCUGGCAUCUUGGCAAGCCAUUAUGUUGGCGUUGUGAAAGAAGUGAUCCAACAGCGGGCCUUGUUUUCUGCACAGGCGGUGGAUGUGGUUGUCUCAGACUUGGUAGAUCCUGCCCUGCUUGGAGCUGCUAGCAUGGUUCUGGAUUAUACAACACGCAGGAUAUACUAAAGUAGAAACCGGAUGCAGCAGUUUAUAGUCGCUCUGUGCAAAAAGAUUUCUUACUGGUUCAAGUUAUCUUUUAGGCAGCAUAAGAAGUAAUGAAAAAUGGUUUUGUCCCCAAAUAUUCCUUUUUAUGUGCAUUUCCAUUUAUAAGAUGGAAGGUCAAAGGAUACUGGAAAGGUAGUUUGCAGAUAAAAUCCUCUUACAAACUUUUACGAUAGUAAACAAUUCCAGAGGGUGCCUAAAGAUUAUAGAGGUUGAAAUUUAUUUUGUCUUGGUUGUGGUUUUUCCCGUUGGAUUAGCCAUGACUUACUUAUUUCAGUAGUCAAACACUGGAAUAGUCAUUAAAAAAGGAAAUAUAUUUUCCUUACAGAUGUGUAUCUAACUGUUUUUCAUCUGGAGAAUGAAACAGAAAACCAUGUUCUGUCUGAUGAAACUACAACCAUAUCAUUCUAGAACAUGCAGUGAUCAUCUAUGUAUUUAUUUGCUAAAUUAAUAUUAAUCCUUAUUGAGAAAAUUAGUCAACCGACGUAUGGUACACUUAUAAGAAAUCAUCUAAGAACUUACAUAUAGGUAAGUGUGCCAAAAUACUAAUUUUGCCUCAAGUUGCUUGUGAUUGUAUCUUUUUGUAAAAAUGCAACCUAUCUAAUUCAUAUCCUUUUUUAAGAGAAAAAAAAUCUUUUUAUUUAUUAUUUUCCAAAGAUGAUGUAAACAAAUGAAAUACUGUAUGGCAUGUCAAAUUCAGUAACUCUUCAUUAACUCACACAAUAUUCCAUAAAUCAUAAUUUUGUGUAAUAACUCUCUUUUUUCUCAUUCUUUGUCUUACGUAUAUCUUUAAUAUUGAUAUUAAAAGGUCUCUGAUCUUGCUUUUUAAUCAGAGCUCUCCUAUUGCUUAGGGAAACAAUCAGUGCCACAGGCUGCUUUUACUCAUUGAUCGAGAUGAGUUAGGCAUUUGCCUUGGGAGCACUGGGAGAGGGGCAUAUUGAUAUGCAAUUAUCUGCCUUGUGAAUGUUGGCAAACUAAAUUCUACACUUAAACUGGAUUUCAGAGAUGUCACACAAUUUUAGCAGCACAGUUGUUUCUGUACACCAAAAUACCUUUUUGCCACUCUGCUUUAUGAUGUACCUACCUCAAUAAUAGCCUCACUAAAGUUAUUUUGAGACUGGGAACUUAAGUAUGCUUCCUUAAACUAAGAAUGACUUCUUCUGUACACCACUAUGGCAGUGCCAAUAUUUGAAUUAUGUUUGCUGAAUUAUGUAGUAGUUGAGAGUGCAUGGUCUCAAAACACUUGAAGACUUGAAGGUGAAGACUCACUGGAAUGCUAUGAUGAUUGUGUGCCCUGGUUUGAUUGAGGAUGCCAUUUAUGUGGUUGCGCCAAGUACACAUCUAUUUAUGCUACCUUGUGCAGUGAAAAUCAGCAGACCCAUUUAAUAAGACAAUGCAAGACAGUUUCUUAAGUUGGUUUUAAAGGCAUGUUAAGAAUGAAGUGUGAUAGAAUGACAUUCCCAAAUACUGAACAAUAAGUCUGAAGACUACCAUUCUAAGAGCACAGGAAUUGUUUUCAUUUUCAAAGGGGUAGCCAUGUUUAGCGUAACAAGGAGUUGCAUAGGAUCUCUAAGACUAAGACGUAUUUUAAAACUGAAGUUUCAUGGCCCACUUCUUCAAAUACUUGGCAGUGCAGUUUGGAGGCUUGAGGAACAUACGAUUGUGACUCUGGAAGGUGCAACUAUAUAGCUUUCUAUAUUUGCAUGCUCUACCUUUCUGAAUCCCCAAGACUGCUCUACUUGCCUCCAAGGAAGUAGACUAUGUGGCCCUAAAAACUUCUGCUAAUUUUAGUUGGCAAUGUGUGAUAUUAUUUAAAUAACAUGCAUUUACUGUUUGUACUUAUGUAGAAAUCUGAAUAAUCUAGUCACCCAAAAACCCUGGCUCAAUUUGUUCAUUAAAGUAUUUACCUGAA